CGUACUCAGUAAUAUUUUAUUUAUUUUCAUCAUCUUGAAUCAUUCGUUAAUGCCCAAUUGCAUUUCUUGGGAUGACUUUCACGGGUUGGAACCUGAUUUUACAGACAGCAUUCAAUGCCUUUUAUUAUUUAUUUUUUGAAUCAUCAAUUUAUUUCCCCUUCUAUAUAAAUGUCUUCCAACAUUUUAUUAUCUUCAUUGUCUUCUCAAAACAUAUUGUCCUCCAAUUAAAAUCGAGUUAUUUCUACAUUAUUUUUUACAUUUACAAAAUGAGUAUUCUACAAAAUAAACCCAUUUUAAUCAUGAUAAUUUCAUUAAGUUUAAGCAUGGUUUGUAGUAGAAGUAAUGGAUCAGAAAAGCAAACAAUAGCAAAUUUCGUGUUUGGAGAUUCAUUGGUGGAUGUAGGAAACAACAACUACAUUGUGUCUUUGUCAAAGGCGAAUUACGUGCCUAAUGGUAUCGAUUUCGGACGGCCAACAGGAAGAUACACCAAUGGACGUACCAUUGUUGACAUUAUAGGUCAGCAACUUGGAUUAGGAGAUUAUAGUCCACCUUACUUGGCUCCAAGCACAAGAGGGAGUAUGAUUUUGCAAGGGGUCAAUUAUGCUUCUGGUGGUGGUGGCAUUCUCAACCAGACUGGCUCCCUUUUUGUUGGGAGGUUAAAUUUGGACGCACAACUGGACAACUUCGCAAACACAAAGCAAGAUAUCAUCUACAGUAUAGGAGAAGCAGCAACACAGAAGCUUCUGAGUAACGCAUUGUUUUCAGUAGCAAUGGGCUCUAAUGAUUUCAUUAAUAAUUACUUAACUCCACUAUUUUCUAAAUUAGAGCAGCAGAUGGUGUCUCCCCAAGCUUUUAUCGAUGCCAUGAUAUCAAAAUACAGAUUACAGCUUACGAGACUUUACAACAUGGGUGCAAGGAGGAUAGUUGUGGUAAAUGUUGGACCAAUUGGUUGCAUACCUUAUGAGAGAGACUUAAAUCCAACCGCAGGAAAUGAUUGUGUUGCAUUCCCUAAUCAACUAGCUCAAUUAUUUAAUCUCCAAUUAAAGAGCCUAGUUACAGAACUAAGCAACAACCUCGAGGGAUCUAAGUUCGUUUAUGGAGAUGCUUAUCACAUUGUCAAUGAUAUCCUCGUCAAUUACCAAUCUUAUGGUUUUGAGAACGCAAAUUAUGCUUGUUGCUAUGCGAGUGGGCGUUUUGGGGGUUUAAUCCCCUGUGGUCCGACAUCUAAGGUGUGCAAUGAUAGAUCCAAGUAUGUGUUUUGGGACCCAUAUCAUCCGUCCGAUGCUGCUAACGUGGCAAUUGCGAAACGUCUGAUUGAUGGGGAUGUUAAUGAUAUUUCACCUAUCAACAUCCGCCAACUACUCAAGUCUUGAAAUUGCAUUCAUUCAUGAUAAACAAUUAAUUAUCAUAGGCUCAUUAUUUGGAAAAUGAUUUUGACGUAUUCAUUUUGGCACUCGGAAGUGGAAGUAGAGUAAUUUUCGUGCUAUUUUAGUGUGUCAAAAUCAUUUUUUUUUAUCUCUAUAUACACUCUUAUAUAGUGUAGUAAAUAUAAUCUAUAGUAUUAGGGUCCUUGGUGAAGAAAUUUGUUCUAAUUUCUGAGCCAAGUUUGUCAAUUAGCUAGCUUAGGGCCAAUCAAAUGUCAAUUUCUUAAUGAUUUAUGAAGUAUUAAGUUUUUUUUUU